AUGCGUGAUCGAUCCUUCGAUAACGUAGUCCUGAAGAACUCUUAUUAUUCCGCGGACAUACAAUACUCUCUGCAGAUGUGUCAAUGGACUCUGAAGCCCAUCGGAAUAUGGCCUUUGAUCUACCACCGCGUUACCAGACGGGAGAAGCUGAUUUCCGUCGUUCUUUUAAUCCUCGGUUUCUCGUUGUUGUUCUUCAUCCUGAUUCCAUCUUGUCGCUUCAUAUUCUUCGAGGGACACAUCAGCACGAAAGUGCGUCUCCUCGGCCCCGUCGGAUACCGUAUGUCCACCACGGUGAAGUACAUUUACCUCGCUCUGAGGGGAUCCAUCUUUGGACGCUGCAUCGAGCACGUGGAACGAGAUUGGAGAACAGUGCAGGAUCAACGUCACCGUUCUAUAAUGCUGGAGUGCGCAGGAUUGAGCAGAAAACUGAUCACAAUGUGCGCCGCUUUCUUGUACACUGGCGGUUUGUCGCAUCACACCGUGCAUGCGUUCUUCUCCAAAGACAGACGUCACAGCAAUGUUACUAUCAGACCGUUGAUUUACCCUGGAUACGACGCGUUCUUCGACACUCAAGCCAGUCCGACGUACGAAAUCAUAUAUUGCAUGCAGCUGCUUUCGUCCUUGAUCGUCUACACGAUCGGUACUGCUACGUACAGCUUGCUCGUCAUUUUUGUUAUGCAUAUCUGCGGGCAAAUUCAGAUACAGAUGGCGAGGUUGGAGAACUUGAAGAACGCGAGGUUGGAGAACUUGAAGAACGCGGGGCUGGAGAAGGGUCAACGUAAUCCUUUGUCGAAGAUUGUUUAUAAUCAUGUGGAGAUUUUGAAGUUUUCGGAGAAGGUUCAGAAAGCGCUGGAAGAGAUUUGCUUUACGGCUGUUGUGGAGUGUACGAUUAAUAUGUGUUUGCUGCAGUAUUACUGUCUUAAGUCAUGGAAAGCAUCAGACACUGUACAAAUAGUUACAUAUAUUACUUUGUUAAUGUCCUUCACCUACAAUAUAUUUGUAUUCUGCUACAUUGGAGAAGUUUUGACUGAACAGUGCAGCCAAAUUGGUGUAGCCUCCUAUGACAUCGACUGGUACAAUUUACCUGCGAAGAAUGCUCACGACCUCGUUCUGUUGAACAUCGUAUCGCAAAAUCCUCCUAAAUUGCUGGCUGGGAGAAUAAUUGAGUUAUCAUUGAACACCUUCACCGCUGUUGUUAAAACAUCUGUCGCUUACAUGAACUUGCUCCGAACUGUUACAGACUGA